AUGAUUAACUUCAAAUAAAUUAAUUUUAUUCUAAAAGUAAGAAAGACUUUAUAUUAAAAUUAUCAUCUCUUCAAAUAAUUAGAAGUACAUUUAUUAAUUAGAGUAGUUAAUAACAAUAUAAAAAGAAGGAAACCUUUUGAAUCUCAAAAUUAUCUUAAAUAUUAUUAAAUAUGUUUGGUCAGCAAUUUAAUAGGGGAUUAAAAACAAAGUUGCUAAUCAUAAAUGUUUAUAGAAUCAUGUUUCUUCAUAUAUAUAAAUGAAUUAGAUUUAGCACUGA